AUGGCAGAAAGAAAGGAACGACAUGCAAUACAAACUUGUAGAAACAAUGAUCCGUCGACUGAUAUCAAUAUUUUAUUAUUGGGACAAACAGGUGUCGGAAAAUCAACGCUCAUUAAUGGUUUAGUAAAUUAUUUAUGUAAUGAUACAGUAGAAGAUGCAAUCAGGGAUCAAAUGCAAUUUGUUAUUCCAUCAGCAUUCACUUAUAUCGACGAUGAUACUUUUGAAGAAAUAACCAUUCGCAUCGGAGAAAGAAAUGAACAUGAAAAUUUCGAUGAAAAUGAUCAUUCAUGUACACAACAAUGUCGAAGUUUUCUUUUUCCUAUUGGAGAAAAGAAUUUACGAAUAAUUGAUACACCAGGAAUUAGAGAUACUAGAGGUCUUGAACAAGAUACAAAGAAUUUUCAUGAAAUUUUAACUUAUAUUUCCCAAUAUGAACAUUUAAAUGGAGUUUGUAUAUUACUUAAACCAAAUGAAGAACGUUUAACAAUACUUUCAAAUUUUGUUUAUCAAAAGAGUUGGGAUCAUACUGUUGAGCAAUAUUCAAGACUUAUGGCUUUUAUUGUAACAUGUCCACUUCAUGCUGUCUGUAAUAUACUUUCACUUAAUGAAGCUGAACAAUUAAUUAGAAAAUUAACACGUCCAAUCGUUGAAACAACUAGACUUAUCGAACAAAAUCUUCAACUGGCUAAAGAAUAUGCAAAAGAUAUCAGUGAAAAUCCUGAAUUAGCCCAUCAAGGUCUACCACAAAAGAAUGCGACAUCUGAUCAUUUGAGAUAUCCGACAACAAUUUGUACGAAUAGAAAGUGUUGUCGAACUGUUAUUUUAAUUAAACAAUUUCUAUCUUGUCUUGUAGGUAUAUGUUCAAAAUGUGGUUGUUUAUGGAAUGAUCAUCAACAUAUAACAUAUGAAGUGAAAACCGAUAUUCGUUAUCUUAAGGAAGCAUCGUCAGCAUCCGAUAUCGCAACACAAAUUAAAAACUUAAAAGAAGAAAAAAUUAAAAUAGAAGAAGUUUAUAAAAAACUUGCAAAAUAUCUUCAUGCAAAUGCCAUUCUUCCACUACAUGAUGAUAUUAUAGAAUAUUUUAGGCUUUGCAUAAAACAAGAACAAAUGAGAAAAGCUUGUGGUGAUCAAAAUAAUGAAGUUAUUCAAGGACUUGAACAUCUCAUGGAAGAGUAUAAAGAAGAAAUUAAUUUAUUUAAAGAAACAAUCAAAAAUGAAAAAGAUCCAACAAAUUAUAAAGAUGUCGUUAAAACUGAUGAGAUAUUUACUUUAGUUGGAACUCUUUAUCGAUUACCUAUUUAUGGAAAUUUCAUUCGUACANUAUUUGAUAUUGUGUAA